UUGCAUGCGUUCAGAUACUUGGCGGAACAACGUCUGUCGGGUUCGCUAGUAUUACAUAAAAACGACAGGUUUCUGGAUACAAAAUCAAACGUCAAGCCUUACUCCAUCCUUAAAGCGGCGUCGGAUUGGACUAUAAUGAUGGACACGUAUGAAAAGCAAUAUAAAAUCCCCGAGGAUAUUUGUGCGUCGGCCUCCAGACCGGAUAUAUUUUUGUUUUCGCGAAUUUUAAAGCGCGUAGUGAUGAUAGAGCUUACGGUCCCUUGGGAAACCAACAUCCCCAAAGACCAUACCAUCAAGGUCAACAAAUAUUACGAGCUCACAAACGAACUCACUCGAAAUAGGUUCGUAGUAGAUUUGUACGCGGUAGAGGUGGGAGCGAGAGGUAUAACAGCGAAAUCUCUCUACAACCUACUAAAGGACUUGGGCUUGUCCAGAACUCACAUUAAUGCAUUCUUGGAACGUAUAUCGAAGGCAGCCCUAGUAGGUUCUUUUCAAAUUUGGUUAGGUAGGGAGAGGAGCUUGGACAGUGGAGGUGAGCGUAUAACGCGCGUUAAAUAA